AUGGUUGUGGAGAGGGCAUUUGGAGUAUUAAAGAAGCGAUUUCGUGUCUUGGAUGCUAGCCAUUUUGGCCUUUAUCUUGUUAAAGAUAACAUUUUCAGUGGUUAUGUAUUUUCUAUCUACUUUUUAUAUGUCAUAAAAGAAGAGAAAAAGGUCAACUUUCGUUGGUCAAAGGACAUGUCAAAAGAAUUACUCGACUUUUUAGCUGAAGAAGUUAAAAAGGGAAACCGGCCUAAUAAUACUUUUCGAACAAGUUCUUUUGUGGCUGCUGCGAAGAUUAUCUCUGGGAAGUUUCAAACCAAUUCCACCUCAGAACAUGUGGAGAAUCAUAUGAAAACUGUGAGGAAUGCAUGGGUGGCUAUAUCAACAGUCCGAAACAACUCCGGGUUUGGAUGGAACGAUAACUUGAAGAUGGUGACAGCAUCUCCCACAGCAUAUGCUACUUAUGUUAAGGAAUAUCCAAAAUGUGAAAAGUUUUUGAAUCGAAAAAUUGAUAUGUAUGAAGAGAUGGCUAUAGUAGUGGGUAAAGAUUUAGCACGGGGGAACUUCUCCAAGACAUUUGCCGGCAUUGAUGUUGAUGCUUCAAUGGAAAGUGGACAACCAAGUAUGACUAUUGAUAGCGUGCCUUCUAAGGCUGAGAGUGGUACCUCGUCGGGCUCAAGGCCACAUCGAAAGAGGUCUCGAAUUGACGAAGGAUCGGAAAUGGAACACAUUUCAGCAUAA